AGGCGGAACCGGAAGUGGUGGGGGACGUGCCGGUCCCCAGCAUGGCGGCCGCCUGGCCCUCCCGGCCGGCUGUUCCCGAGGCCGUGGCUGCCCAACUCCUGGGUGUCCUGUGGUUCAUGUCAGUAAGCACGGGACCUUGGGGAGCUGCCGCCGCCGGGGGCGAAGAGAUGCUUAAGUGCGAGGACCUCAAAGUAGGACAAUAUAUUUGUAAAGAUCCAAAAAUAAAUGAUGCUACACAAGAACCAGUUAACUGUACAAACUACACAGCUGAUGUGGAAUGUUUUCCAGCACCCAACAUAACUUGUAAGGAUUUGCAUGGCAAUGAAACACAUUUUACUGGAAAGGAACUUGGUUUUCGCAAGCCCAUAUCUUGCCGAAAUGUAAAUGGCUAUUCAUACAAAGUGGCGGUUGCACUGUCUCUUUUUCUUGGAUGGUUGGGAGCAGAUCGAUUUUACCUUGGAUAUCCUGCCUUGGGUUUGUUAAAGUUUUGCACUGUAGGGUUUUGUGGAAUUGGGAGCCUGAUUGAUUUCAUUCUUAUUUCAAUGCAGAUUGUUGGACCUUCAGAUGGAAGUAGUUACAUUAUAGAUUAUUAUGGAACCAGACUUACACGGCUGAGUAUUACUAAUGAGACAUUUAGAAAAACACAAUUGUAUCCAUAAAUACUUUAAAAAGAAACAGAUUUGGUCCUUGUUGAUUUUAAUAUCGAACUCUCAGUAUGUGGAUUUCCAGAUUUUCCUUUUUUCUUCUUCACAUACCAUUUUAUGGAUUCUAUAUAAUUUUUUGUUGUUGAUGGUGUCUUUGUUUUAUUUCCGUUAAAAGCAUAUUAUUCUGAGAUUUAUUUAAUUGGACUUUCUUUGAGAGCUGUAUGAUAAUAGUCUUUCUUAGGCUACUGUCUAUGAGAUAGAUGGCUUAUUACCCUGAUGUUCUUUAAUGUCUUUUCCAAGGGCAAGUUGCCACUUGUCAUUUUGGCUUCUGAAAAAUAAAAGUAUGACUCAGUCACA